GUUGUGUAUGCUGACCUCCAUAGUCCGAAAACAGUUACUGCAUUUAGUUUUGAUUCCAUUUGUCGCCCUGUUAUUAACAAAUACAUUCCCUUUAUCAGGUAACUGUUUGGAUUGACCAGCUGUUUGCAACAGGCUUGUACAGCUGAUAUUUAUUAAUGCAACAACUGUUAGUUGUUUAGAUCUACAUGUAAAGAGUUAUUUUUACGUGUGUGCAGUUAUUUUUAGCAUCUACUGAGUAGGCUGCUUGAGUUAGAGUGUAAUUGGAUAUCAAUCAGCAAUUAUGACUCGUUGCUUUUUUGGUGCCAGCUACAUUUGCAUUUCUAGACGGGUGGCGUGGAGCGUGGCGGUGGGCAGUUCUCGAGGACAUCUAUUUGUUCUGAUACUAUUUAAGGAUCCCACAUGUCUCGUAGGCACAGAAGUGUCUCUCGCCUCCUUUUUUGUGUGAUAUGAUUCAGAGACUGUAUCUGUUCUCGUCCUCCCAGCGGUACAGUCAGAGGCGGUCGUGCUCUCAAGAUCGCUGGCUGAGCAAGGAGGCGCGGCACUGUCAGAAAAGGGUAGUUGUGCACUGUCAUCGCACUGAUGUCAUCUAGCCUCAGCAUGUCCAAGCGGCGUUCCUCGGACAGGGGUGCUGGAGAUACUACAGGCAGGGCCAACAAGCUGCAAUGUCCUGGGAUUUCCGGCAGUAACGCUAAGAGAGCUGGGCCAUUCAUUCUUGGGCCUCGUCUGGGCAACUCACCAGUCCCCAGUAUAGUCCAGUGUUUGGCUCGGAAAGAUGGCACAGAUGAUUUCUAUCAGCUCAAAAUCCUGACACUAGAAGAGCGUGUGGAUGCUGCUGGGGAGACACAAGAGGAGCGACAGGGGAAGAUGCUGCUACACACAGAGUACUCGCUACUUUCUUUGCUGCACAACCAGGACGGUGUGGUCCACCACCAUGGCCUCUUCCAGGAUCGAGCAUAUGAAAUAGUUGAAGACAUGGAAGCUAACAAGGUGCGAAAGAUGAAGAAGAGGAUCUGCCUGGUGCUAGACUGCCUGUGCGCUCACGACUUCAGCGACAAGACUGCAGACCUGAUAAACCUCCAGCAUUAUGUGAUCAAGGAGAAGCGUCUCAGCGAGCGCGAGGCCAUCGUCAUUUUCUAUGACGUUGUGCGUGUGGUCGAAGCCCUUCACAAGAAAAACAUUGUGCACAGAGACCUGAAGCUUGGAAACAUGGUGCUAAACAAACGAACCCACCGAAUCACCAUCACCAACUUCUGCUUGGGGAAACACCUGGUGAGUGAAGAAGACCUGCUGAAAGACCAGAGAGGAAGUCCUGCAUAUAUAAGCCCUGAUGUAUUAAGUGGUCGGCCAUACCGCGGCAAGCCCAGCGACAUGUGGGCUCUCGGCGUGGUCUUGUUCACCAUGCUUUAUGGCCAGUUCCCUUUUUAUGACAGCAUACCUCAAGAGCUCUUCCGAAAGAUCAAGGCUGCUGAAUACACCAUCCCAGAAGAUGGCCGUGUGUCCGAGAACACUGUGUGCCUGAUCCGAAAGCUGCUGGUCCUGGAUCCUCAGCACAGGCUGACUGCAGGAGAAGUGCUGGAGUCCCUCAGUGCCAUCAUUGCAUCGUGGCAGUCGGUUUCCUCCAUGAGCGGCCCCUUGCAGGUUGUCCCAGAUAUUGAUGAUCAAGUCAAUCACCCGGAGCACCUACAAGAGGCCAAGGCGAUCGAAGAGUCUUCACAGUACGAGUUUGAGAACUACAUGCGUCAGCAGCUGUUGCUUGCCGAAGAGAAGAUCACUAUCCACGAGGCCAAGAGCUUCCUCACCAAGCGGCAGUUUGGCAGCCUCCCGCCUGUGAGGCGACUGGGUCAAGACGCGCAGCCCGUCAGCCCCUUGGACGCAGCCAUAUUGGCUCAACGUUUCCUUCGCAAAUAAUCCUCCGUCGCCCCGGUGAAAGAGGUCGCUGGACUGUGUGGGCCUCACUGAACUUCCAGGCCAGGUUGAAGGUGGGAUUGGGGAGGAACUGAGCUGGAGCAGAGUGGCAUCCCAUCCUCCUCCUCUGCUCCAGCAACAGCCCACCUCGCCCUGGUCCCCUGAAUACAGGGUCACGUAGCAAGCCCAUUUCCUCUCCAUUACACCAUUGCUGGUCCAGUCACCGAUCUUACCCUCUCUCACUGGUUCCUCCGCAGAUCUGACCCAGUCAGGUCUGCAACAUCAAAUCUACCUCCUCCACGUUUUCUAUCGCUCGCCGUUCCCCGACCAGGAACAGAGCCUCCACACCACCGGUGACAUAAAGCAUUACUGUUCUCUCUCUCCGGAACCUUCCGUCGGGUUUCCCUUGAACCGAAUAAGCUUUUAAUGACAGUAGCAUUUUUACCCUGACCUUUGACAUUGAAGGCGUCUGCUUUAGCUCGUCCCUGUGGACUAUCUAUUUUUAGCAUCCAGGCAGCUACUGUGAGGUACCUGGAAGACACAAAGCCAAGAAUGAAACUAUGCCAAGGCGUAUUGAUGGUAAAUCUUCCUGAGUGCCAUUAAAACUAUGUGGCGCCGUCAUGUUUCCAAUGCCAAAUCAUGUCUUCAAACAAAAUACAGCCACGGAACCGGUACACGCCGUCAGUCGACCACCACCCUCCCUCUGUUCGAGUGUGAAUUCUUCAAUCCAGUCUCUGUACCCUUGAGUGCGUGCGGCUGAGCCUUUAAGCUAUUUUACAACCUUCUGUUAUCUGGCCCACUUUCACGGCAAACACUGUGAAACCAGAGCACGCUUGGACCGUGGUCGCUGUCCGGCAUCAUGGGUGAUCAUCAUGUGUUAGAGCCAUUGUCGGGGCGGGGGGGUGAAACUGAAGUGUGAGACUACAACUUUUUUUUAGGUUGAUUUUUUUUUUUUUUUUUUGUGAUUAAAUGGUAACUGAAUGGGAGUCACUUUUAUUGCUUCUCUAAAAAGUAGACAGAUUACUAGGUAGCUCGAUGGUAACAGAUGUGUACACAAGAAUGUUUUGGAGCUCGUACUUGCCCUUCAUCCCUAAGAUGAUACACCGCCCUCAGUUUUCGUUGGUUUGUUCCCUUUCACAUCAGCUCCUCAAUGGCUCCAACACAUUCUCCCCACAUCCUCAAUGGAAAUGCGCAUCCUCUGGAAAACUGCUGGUGACUGUUCGCGUUUCUAUUCUUCCUCCGUUUACUUCACCAUCCAGCUGGAAUAUUUAUCAAUCAUCUUCAUUUGAGUUAUUUAUUCUCACCUUGGUGUCAACUUUGCUCAUCACUGCAACCAUUAGGGUUCAAUGACAAGGCUUUCCCCUCCUUAACUUAUGCUAGUAAGGUUGUUUUUUUUGCCCCCCAUUUUCAUUUGUGUACAGCUUAAGAGUAGCAACUGUCACCUCCAUUUUCCAAUCACAAAGUCAGUGGUCGACUCAAGCUACACUAACUAGACUGACUUUUGCAUAUUCCUUACUGGGAAAUGGUGUGUGAGAUGUUCCGAGACGUUUUUUGUUUUUAAAUACACAAACUGCACUCUCUGGUCAGUAUGUAAAUAUUACACCACAACAAUGCAGUUUUUUUUAAGGAUACACACACACAGGUAGUCAUAAAUUGAAAGCCACAUCUAAGUCCAAACUAGCAACGCGAGGGUUUUCUCCCACCUCAAUGUGAAGUUUGUGGUUCAACAGCAGUAUUGUAGUUCAUCAGAAGAGGUCGUGUCGUAGCUGUCGGUGGUUUCUGUGCAGUGUCUCAUGCCACGAGUCACAAUUCCGCCCCACAUGCAGAUCAAUAGAUUUUAAUGUUGUUUGCCCUCUUGAAAAGUGUUCUAGCUUGUGGGUCGUGCCACACUGAAUGUUAGUCUGAUUCCAGAAGCAUGAGCGUCAUGUGAGGUGAAACUGUUGCAUGAUUUGGACAGGCAAACAUAAUUGGAUAUUGAAUCAACUAUUUCUCCUCUUUAAUUCUUCCCCCCCCUUUUUUUUUUUUUUUCAAACUUUCUUCCACACUUUUCCAGCGUGCUCGCUGACUGCUUCACCCGGACACUCUGUGUAGGAUCAUGUGUUAUUAAAGCUGCUCGAUCAGAAACGGGCGUCUAGAUACAUUGAAAAACUGCGUAAUUGUACAGAUGAUAAACACGUUUGUAUAAAAACAUAUUUUUGUACUUCAUCAGAUCUCUACAUGCAUGUC